AUGGACUCCAUACCAUGGACAACUGUGAGCUAUCUUCUAGUUCCGGAACUAGUCAAGGUGCUUGCGAUUCUAUAUUCGGCCUACUACGUGCUUAGUGCAGUCUAUAUAGUCACUCUGAGUCCCCUUGCCGGUAUUCCUGGGCCCAAAAGACGCAAGUUCUCAUAUCUUCCUUGUGCUUUCGCCAGUCUGAAGGGCAGAGAAUCGUACGCUGUCCGAGACCUUCACGACAAAUAUGGUCCCGUGGUCAGGGUCAGUCCAGAGAUGGUCUCCUUCAUUGGACCCACAGCUUGGAAGGAUAUCUACGGCUACCCAGCGGUCAAAAAGUUCAAAAAGUCAGGAUAUCUCCAAUUGCGUCCAGGCGUGCCCGAUGUGCUGACAGCCAAUGGCGUGGAUCACGCCCGACAGCGUGCCGCACUCAACCGGGCGUUCUCCGAGAAAGCCUUGCGAGAACAGGAGCAUCACUUACAGGGUCACAUUGAUCUCUUCAUGGAGAGGAUGGAACAGAGAUGUGAUCAAGUGGAGCCCAUCAACAUCGUUCAGUGGUUUGAAUUCCUCGCAUUUGAUAUCAUUGGCACCUUGGCUUUUAGCAGUUCCUUCCACUGCUUAGAAAACCAGCGGUACCACCCCUGGGUGACACUCCUCAUGAACUUCUUCAAGUCAGUGCACUAUUUCCUGACGGCAAAAAAGUUCGGGAUCUUAUUUCCUAUCCUAAUUAUCUUUGGUCCGAUCAGGGAUCUUAUUAAAGGCAGAGAGCAUUUCCGACGGAGCUUUCAAAAAGUUCAGGAACGUUUGAAGAUGCCCGACAAUGAUAGGCGGCAUGACUUCUGGACUUAUAUCUCUCGCCAAAACCAGGAGAAACAAGGCUCCAUGUCUAUCAGGGAGAUGGAGGUGAAUGCGGCGAUUUUGAUCCCCGCGGGGAGCGACACUAUUGCCACCACCCUCGCCGGUUGUUGCUACCUCCUCCUUAAGAAUCCAAACACCCUCGCCAGGCUCCGUAUAGAGCUCACGGAGAAAUUCACCUCAGAAUCCGAAAUCACCAUGGUCAAUCUUUCGGGUCUUCCAUACAUCAAAGCCGUUGUCAACGAAGGGCUACGCAUGUACCCGCCUCUAUCCGGUGACUUGCGCCGCGAAGUGCCCCCUGAGGGCGCCACGAUUAGCGGCCAAUUCAUCCCAGGUGGGGUAAUUGUCAGCGUCUACGCACUCGCUGCAUAUGACAGUGUUAGCAAUUUUGCACAACCGUACAGGUUUACCCCUGAGCGCUGGUUGACGACCGAUGAGCGGCCGGAUUGGACGAAGAAUGAUCAUCUAGAGGUUUGCCAACCGUUUUCAGUCGGGCCCCGGAAUUGCAUUGGCAUGAAUUUAGCGUAUCUGGAGACGAAACUGAUCCUAGCUCGGCUUUUUUUCCGGUUGAAUCUGGAGCUGAUGGAUGAUGCUUUUGAGAUUGGGAAGCAACGAGUAUUUAUCAUGAGGGAGAAGCCGCCACUGAGAGUGCGUUUGAGCCACCGUAUGUAG